AUGCUCUCGCUUCUUACAACGAAGCGCCCGACGACGGCGCCCGCGCCUCCACCCAACUACGGCGUCUACCUCGUCACCGACUCGACGCCCGCGAUCCUCGGCGACCGGGACCUAGCACAAGUUGUCGAGGCGGCGCUGCGGGGCGGCGUGACGUGCGUGCAGUACCGCGACAAGCUCGGCGAGCAUGCCGCCGUCGUGGCCACGGCCCGGAAGCUGCACGUCCUGACGCGGCGCUACGGCGUGCCUCUGCUCAUCAAUGAUCGCGUCGACGUGGCUGUCGAGGUUGGCUGCGAGGGCAUUCACAUUGGCCAGGAUGACAUGAACGUACACGAAGCCCGCAAGCUUGUCGGAAACGACAAGAUUAUCGGUGUCACUGCAAGCAAUGCCGACGAAGCCAUUAGAGCCUGUGAAGACGGCGCCGACUAUCUAGGUCUCGGCACCGUCUUCUCUACCGCCACUAAAAAAGAUACCAAGUCCAUCAUCGGACCCUCUGGCGUCCGCACCAUUCUCAAAGCCAUGGUCGAAGCCGGCCACGGCGCCGUCCCUACCGUCUGCAUCGGCGGCAUCAACAACGACAAUGCCGCCAAGGUUCUUGCGCAAUCGAGCGCCGCCCCGGCCAAGUCUCUCGACGGCGUUGCCGUCGUCAGCGCCAUCAUUGCCGCCGAGGACCCCGCUGAAGCGGCCCGGUUCCUUGCCGGCCAUGUUGCCGUGGCCGCGAUUCCGCUCGUCGUGGGCGCCGUGGGCCGGACGACGCCGCUAUCCCACAACAUGACGAAUCUUGUUGUGCAAAACUUUGCCGCCAACGUCGCCCUCGCCGUGGGCGCCAGUCCCAUCAUGUCAAACUACGCUGCCGAGGCCACCGACCUCGCCAAGCUCGGCGGCGCUCUCGUCGUCAACAUGGGUACCGUGACGCCCGAAGGCCUCGCCAACUACAAGCAAGCCAUCAAGGCCUACAACGACGCCGGCCGCCCCGUGAUCCUAGACCCCGUCGGCGCCGGGGCCACCGCCAUCCGACGCGCCGCAUCUGCCGAGAUUCUCGCCCUCGGCCGCUUCGCCGUCAUCAAGGGCAACGUUGCCGAGAUACAAACCCUGCACGGGCACUCCUCCUCCUCCUCCUCCUCAUCGACCUCCUCUUCCGCUGCUGCUCCUCAGCAGCGCGGCGUCGACUCAACCUCUGAGCUCACCGUCCCCUCACGCGCCCGUCUCGCCGCCGCCUUGGCCCGCCGCCACCGCACCGUCGUACUCGUCACCGGCCCGACCGACAUUGUCAGCGACGGCGCGCGCACGUACCGCGUCGACAACGGCGACGCCAUGCUCGGCCGCGUCACCGGCACGGGCUGCACGCUCGGCACCACAGUCAGCGCCAUGGUCGCCGCGUAUCCGCAGGACGCGCUGCUCGCGACCGUCGCGGCUGCGGCCGUGUUUGGCAUCGCCGCGCAGUACGCCGUCGACAGGGACGAGGUGCGCGGGCCGGGCACCUUUGUGCCCGCGUUCCUGGAUGAGCUCUACUCGAUUCAAAGGGCGACGGCCAAGGGCGAUCUGCGAUGGCUGGUGCUGGCUAGGGUGCAGGGCGUGCACGUGGAUGAUGGAGAAGCUUUGAAAGGCAAGGCGUAG